UUAGGACGAAAGCAGAUUUCGAGGGUGGAGUGCUCUCAUAAGUCUGUCUUCAGUCAGGACGAAAGCAGAUUUCGAGGGUGGAGUGGAAUUUCACCCAGAGUUUGCCCAUCAGAUUUUUGGCGAAAGGUUUGUCCCAAGUUCCGUCUUACUGAAUCCUUUCCACCUGCCAGUGAAACCAUAUUUGGUUAUCGCGAUUUGAAAGUCAAUAUCUGGUACCUUGCUGGUUCUUUGUCAACGUACAUCGGUACCACAUUUUCAGCUUCAAUCGAUCCCGUCACUGCGAAAGGUGUUUUGCCUGACGAUAUAUAUCAGCUCUUGUCGGAAACCUUCCCCUACAAAUUCGAUCGCUCCCUAGUCGAUUUUUUCCAGACGUUUCACAAUGAUACUUUCAAGCCCUAUGGAACAAUUAGGCACACUUACAAAAAGACAAUUGGCUCAAAGCAAACGAAGAAAUUCUGUGUAUAUUUUAUUGAACACGGGAUGCCUGAUUUUGAUGCGUUUCUGGACUACCACAAGAAAAUGGAAUCGUUCCUGCUUUUUUUCGUUGAUGGGGCCUCAGCUAUCCCCACGGACGACACACAGUGGUGCUACUAUACACUGUUUGAGGUUAUUGAUCCACAACAGGAUGGAGAAGCUCCCUCGUACGCAUUCAUCGGAUACAUGACUAUUUUCAAAUUCUAUGCCUAUCCGGCCAACCUGCGUCCCCGAUUGAGUCAGGUCCUGAUCCUUCCUCCUUUCCGCAACAAUGGGCAUGCUUCAGAACUUCUCCAGACCUUUUACCGAGACUUUGUUCACGUCCCAAAUGUUCGAGAUAUAACAGGCAAAGACUUUAUCGAUUGCAAACGCUGUUUGGAACAAACGGAAAUAAUGGAUCUGCUGAAGCAGGCGAGUGCGAAUGGGAGUUCUCUUACUAUACCGCAAAAGUCCUGCUAUCUAGCAUUUCGCGACAAGGCUCAGCAAUGUCUGAAACUCAGCCGAUGCCAGGCCAAACGUGUCUACGAAAUUCUGCAGCUCCAUCAGUUACCCCGGUCUCCAGAAGCAGUGCAACUUUUUCGAACUGCUUUACUCAAGCGCGUCAAGAGCAACUAUGAGCGUGCGACCACCGAUCAGAUGCAUGGUCGAGGUGCCGAUCGACGAAACACUGCAGGUGGUUCUCAGUCACUAAGAAAUUUGAUAGACGAGGUUGCGGAUGAAUGCUACAGUCUUCAAAUAAACGAGUUCGUAGAUCAAGAAAUGAGUGCUUAUCAAUGUAUUGUGACCAAAUUGGAUCGUCACUUUGGCCGCACCAAUGUCACGAACGGUCCUAGUACUUCAUAA